GAAUUUGUUUGAAAAUCAGGAGUUUCUGAAUAAAAUUAGCAGUCAUUCCUCUAUCCUCAUGAGCUUUAUAUUUAAUUCAAGGGUGAUCAUGUAAGGAGAAGUUAGAUUCAAGUCAGGGGUAAUAAGGUAAAACUAAACAACAUAGCAAUUCAAUCUAGCAUUUAAGUCAGAAUGCUCAUAGAAAGGAUCUGAUCCAAAUGUUCCUGAAUCUUAAAGCUACUAAAAUACCAGUUGUAAGGGCUACACCCUUCACCUUAGCAAGGUUUUGCUGACAAGUCACCACCAUGCUACUCUCAGUUAGGUACUUAGAGGGCAUCAAGCCAGACUUAAAUGUUGAACCAAGACAUCACAUUGACCUUCUACACUUGGGAGGGACUUUCAAAAACCAACUGAAACGAGACAGAAACAAAGACAAAUUACAUUGUUGCAUAGAGCAAGGUCAAAUAGACUUCCCGCGUAAAUAACAACAAGCCUACCUCUCCUACGCCAGAAACUGCUCCGACAUCUGACACAUAAUUUCCUUCAGGAAUAGCCAAACUCACUAUUUGAGCUGGUGGAGCAUGAGUGCUAGCAACAGCAAUUUCCGUCUGGUUUUCGGAGGGAAACUGAUGAUGGACUUUUGGUACGACUGCAGCGUUCACUGGAACUGCUGCCACCUCAUUCCACGAAUGUCCUGGAGAGAACGAAUAUGGCGUAGGCUGGAGAUAAGAGUUUCCUAACACAGCUGUUGUUGUGUAGAUCGGUUGAGAAGCUGAAUGGGAAGGCUGAGGAUACGGACUCUGCGACUGGUAGUGCAUCUGUGGGGAAUAGGCCGGGACCAAAACAAAGUGAGGCUGUUGAUUCAUCUGAGAAUAGUACAUGCUUCCAUCGGAUGUCGAAAAUGCGUAAUAGCUACCAUGACUUGACGUGUCAUGCACGUCUUGUCGAUGGUAAUAGUACUUGCCAAAACUUCUUUUGCUCUUUCUACGGACCGCUUUGCCAAUGUUCAAGCUUUUCCCCUCAAAUUCAAGGCUUUCUUGGUCGCGGACUUUGUCAGCCACCUCUUGCGAUUCGAAUGUAAUGAAAGCGUAUCCUUUGCUAAAUCCGUUGCGGUCUCGAACGACUUUACUUUCCUUGACCGCGCCAAAUCUCUCAAAAUAAGAUCUGAGCUCGUUUUCGGUCGUUUCCGGAGAAAAUCCUUUGACGAAAAUUCGCUUUCCAAUGUCAAUGUCACUCAUAAUGUCGCUCAACAUAAAGAACAGGAGAAAGAAGGGAAACUUACAGUUCAGUCAACAGCGGAAAAUGGAUUUGUGGAAAGCGUGUUGCCAAUCAAGGGGAAUUUCACUGGAUUUCUACGCUGUGGUUUGUCUGUCAAGCGAAAGGUCUUUACGCCGAUACGUGUAAAAGGUCUGUAACAUGUGAAGCUGGCUGAUUCUUUGAACUACUUCCCUGUUUGAGAUAACUAACUUUAAUAAAGAAAAGUGUUUUUACUUCUUGUGAUAUGGGGAACUUCCAUUAACGAAAGAAGAUUUAGCUUAUGUUAUGAUGAGGUACUCAUGAAAAGAAGCCAGCACAAUUAAUACUUUUUCGUAUUUUGUUCCGCUCAGUCGAUUUGCGUUAAAACGAUUAGGAGCGUUUAGGCGUUUGGUUCUUUGUAUCAUAAUCCGUUUUCGGCAAUGUUUUCAAGCACAUUUUCUGGCGACAGAAUGUCAAGAUUUAACCGUACAAGCUGAUCAAGAGCUUAACUUGAUAAGAAGAUAAGACUGAAGAUUUGUUUGGUUGAAAACGAAUCUAAACUUUUUGUGAAAGUUCUCGCAAGAAUCUCUAAUGCUAUUAUCUAGCCAAAUUCUCGAGCAAAUAAAUGAUGUCUAGAAUCAUUCAAUCUGAUUCUACUAAGCUUGAGAUUCGGUGAAGAUCAGCGGCCCACAGCAAUAAGUGAAUUCACAAUAAGAGGCCAGUUGAUACGCUGAUGUUGAUUUUUUUUACUUCCUGUCACAGGAAAGCCGCAAUACUUUGAGGGACUGACUGUGAAGUCGAAGGAAGUGAAGCGAAGUGAUUGAAGCGAGGCGGGAAGAAGCCGUGGAAAAAACCUACAAAUUCCAAUUGUGUAACUCCAAAACAAAUAGAAAAUUGUGUCAUUUUUUCUCGGAGAAGACAUCCACCUCUGUACGUGAGCUGACUUCCCACUCAACGAUGGAGAGUGGUAUGUUUAUUAAAGGUGACUCCGCAAUGGCCGUGAACGGGAUUAGAGGAAACGGUCAGACUCAACCGAACGCUCGAAGAACAACCGUCCGACCACGAGUGACUUUCAAAAAGAAUUGUAAAGGUGACUUCAUAACUAUCAAUGUAAGCGGUCGGAUAUUUGAAGCAGACAAUUCUAUCUUCAAACAGCAUCCAGAUACUCUUCUUGGAAGCACAAGACGCGAUAUGUUUUUUGACAGGAGUAAGAAUGAAUACUUUUUCGAUAGAGACCCUGAUCUGUUCUCUUACAUCAUCCAGUUUUACCGUAAAGGAACUCUUCACUAUCCUGAAGACGAAUGCGCCUGCUGCUUUGCCGGAGAACUCGACUUCUUUGGAAUUGUUAGAAAUCACUUAAGCGACUGCUGCUAUGAAGUGUUCCAAGAAAAACAUGAGGAGUUCAUAGACUAUCAAAAGCGUCAUGCAAAACCAGAAGAAGAGGAGUUCGUUCCCACUACGAUAAGGCAAAAAAUGUGGCAGUUAUUUGAAGAUCCAGCUCAAAAUGUCUUUGGACUAUUAAUACAUUAUGUCUCCGCAAUUUUGAUCGUUGUAAGUGUUGCUGCAUCAACUGUCGAGACUUUACCUUGUGGGGAAAUCCCCUGUGGUGACAAAUACUCUGAACAAUUUUACAUUGUGGAGUCUAUGUGCGUCAUAGCAUUCACUGUGGAGUACUUGGCCAGAUUGUUUGCUGCACCUGUCAGACUUCAGUUUAUGAAACAAUUCUUAAGCAUUAUUGACGUCGUGGCCAUCAUACCUUAUUAUGUAGCACUGAUUUUUCCCGAAGCAGUGGGAGGCCCAUUCACUGUUCUUCGUGUUUUCAGAAUCUUUCGCAUCGUUAAAAUGUCUCGCCAUAACACGAAGGUCCGGGAGGCUGGCUCGUCACUGUUAGCCAGUCUUUCUGAACUCAGUUUUGUGUUUGUUGUACUCAUUACUCUCGUCAUAUUAUUUUCAACCAUUAUAUAUUAUGCUGAGAUGGGAGACAAAAAUACAAACUUCGUCAGCAUUCCAGCUACGUUUUGGUAUACUAUCGUUACCAUGACGACGCUAGGAUAUGGUGAUAUGACCCCAUUGAGCAUAUUUGGACGCAUAACAGGCGUCAUUUGUUCUUUGAGUGGCAUUAUGGUGGUUGCUUUACCGGCUCCUGUCUUGGAAAAGAACUUUAGUCGGAAGAAGGAGGAAGGAAGACCAGAUCGUGAUACCACAAAUGAAAAAACCCGUGCGAGAACCAUAAGCCACAGUCACAGCCACAGUCACAAGAAGUCAACUGAAAUCUGAAGUAUGACAUCAAGUAAAGUGUGAGGGGCUGGUCUAUUUCGUCAAUUGUCAAGCCAAUGGAACAAACGAGACGCAUAGUUAUUGAAUCUUUCAGAAAAUGUUUGGUUGAUAAGCAACUGAUGUGAUUGGCACAUCAGAGGACAAGACUUAAGACUAAAAGAUCAACCCAAGAUUUGGAGAAAAAUCUGAAAACCAGGGGCUGCAUGAAGAACAUUUGAUUCAUUUAACACAUCUUGACAACCAUAUAAUUUCUUGUCAGAAGCUGGUUAUCCUAGUUGCUUAGCCACAAAAGAUGACUAAAUCUCUCUGCAAUUGAAAGACAGCAGAAAAAGUUAUGUGACUUCAUAAGCUCACACAUAUGCAGUUCAAAAAUCUUUUCCUUUCAAGGUUUCAGUUCAUUUUCCACUUUCUCUGAUUACAUUGCAUUUUACCCAGAUUACACUAAACAUUGAAAACCAGUAUAUUUGUUUGUAUGUCAGUACAGUUACAGCUCAAAGCAAUUUGUUAAAAAUGACUGUGAAUAACUGUUAUGGAAAAAAAUUUAACUUCACCACAAGUUAAAGGUUGACUAUCCAAGGGAGGGCCAUUUACAAAGCAUUUCUGUGUGCGAUUGUUCAAGUUGGAUUUGAACCAGUUCGCUGAGUUGUUUCCAACACCAUAGGCUUUUAAUUUAGAUAGCAAUAUAGAGUGAUCAAUGGUGUCAAAAGCUUUCUUCAGAUCUAGAAAAAUCACUGCAUAAACAUUACCUUUAUUAUCUGUGGCUUCAAGUGAUGUGGUAGCAGUGGAGUGAAGGGAAUGAAACCUUGACUGAUUACAGGAAAUUAGAUUAUUAUCAGUUAAAUAUUCAUAAUAUUGAUUGUAUACAAUUCUCUCAAAGACCUUAGCCACAACAGGAAUUAUAGAAAUAGGGCAGUAAUUAUUUAAAUCAGAAUGUUCUCUCUGUAUAAAUACAGGAACUACUCUUAUACUUAUGCAGCAUUAGAACUGUUCGAUCACAUAAUAUCGCUCAUGAUUGGGCAGAGAAUUUUAAAGUUGCCAUUCCAUAUCAUUGUUAUCAUUAUUAUUAUCAUUAUUAUUAAAGAGCUUCAUUCAAAACUCAGUCACACUACUUGUAGAUGGAUAUAGAACAAAAACAAAUUGUGCUUUAUGUGCAAAAAUGUAUAUUUCCUGCAAAGAACUUGCAUAGCUAAAGCAAAAUAAAGGUUCACUCGUAAAAUUAUCAAAAUAAAAAGCAACUAUUUAAAGUUCAACCUUUCAAAUACCCGUUCAUGAUAA